AUGGAAAUUACUCAAAUAGCUUCAGAAGACAUUGAUUGGGUGAGCCUCCUUGCUGGUUCCUCCAUAUUUGGCAACCAAAAGAGCGAGUCCUUCGCAGCUGAUGAGAGUAGUGGAGGAGGCAAAAAUGGCAGCACUAGACAUAAAAGAAAAGUUAGAAGGAGCAAGAAAGCUAUUCCCCCAAAGAUUGCCUUCCAUACAAAGAGCCCUGAUGAUAUUCUAGACGAUGGGUACAGGUGGCGGAAGUACGGACAAAAGGCUGUGAAGAACACCAUCCACCCCAGAAGCUACUACCGCUGCUCAAAUCAUACAUGCAACGUGAAGAAACAAGUCCAACGGCUCUCAAAAGAUUCAAGCAUCGUGGUGACAACAUAUGAGGGCACCCACAACCAUCCUUGUGAAAUGUUCAUGGACAGCUUCACCCCACUGCUCAGGCAACUGCAAUUCCUCUCCAGAAUCUAG